AUGGCUCGUACUAAGCAGACGGCCCGAAAAUCUACCGGUGGUAAGGCACCGCGCAAGCAGCUCGCCACCAAGGCGGCUCGCAAGAGCGCUCCUGCCACGGGAGGUGUGAAGAAACCUCAUCGUUACAGACCCGGUACGGUCGCCCUUCGUGAGAUCCGUCGUUACCAGAAGAGCACUGAGCUUCUGAUCCGCAAACUGCCAUUCCAGCGUCUCGUUCGUGAGAUCGCUCAAGACUUCAAGACCGAUCUCCGUUUCCAGAGUUCCGCCGUAAUGGCCCUGCAGGAAGCAAGCGAAGCUUAUCUCGUCGGUCUCUUCGAAGACACGAACCUGUGCGCUAUCCACGCUAAGCGUGUGACGAUCAUGCCUAAGGAUAUUCAAUUGGCGCGCAGGAUCCGAGGAGAACGUGCCUAA